UUCCAAUAACACGCUUCGACAAACAAUUUCGGCUAUCCCAUUGUGGACGCCCUAACAUGAUGUUAUAUGCAGGUGUGUCUAGAGGGAGAGAUCCCUGCUAUCCCUGUAUUGAAUGAAGAAGACCCCCUUAGGGUUCAGAUAAAAGAGGUUUUUGAAUACUUUCCGCAACUGCCUUCCGAUUCCCUCAUCGGUGUUAGAAUUGUGCAUGUGUUCGCAUUGCCGGAUGCACCGGAGGAAGAAUAUCAAUCAACCUCUUUGAAGCUUUUGACAAGGUACUACAAUGGACACAUGGCACAAGAUGUUGUGGAAGAGGUUCCACAAAGGGAAGCCAAUUUUCUUACCCAACUUCGUCAAAAGAAAGGAAGAGUGCAUUACAUUGGUGUCUGCACUAACCCUUCCUCUGAGGACUUGGACCUUUGGGAGAGUCGAGGCUUCAAAAUACUCUUUGUUGGACAUGUUAAGUCAAUGGUUGAGAUUACAUGUGUGAUGAUUAUACCAUUACAUGACUACGAGGCACAUGUUGCUAGACAUUUCGGGAACUGCUCAUUUGAUGAGCUUUUUAGAGCCUUCUCCCGCAUAUUCAUCGGAGCUUUAGCAUAUCUUGUCAUUGAUCACUUUUUUGCCUUGAGGAUAUUGAGGCGCAACAUUGAGUUGAUCCAGCAAGGUGAGCCUGUGCCUGCUAAGAAACCUUGGGAGAAUCUGACUGAUGAAAAGAGAAUUGAAGCUUUCAUCCGGCGGACCCACCCAAUAGAGUUGGUCAUUCAUUUGGUACCAUCGAUUGCUCGGGCAUAUUUUGGCGGAUCACUCCCAGUCCUAUUGUCUACCGACCAAGAGUGUGUUUUGUUCCUCUUGGGUCUGCGGUGUUAUCUUGUACGACAGGUUAAGGAAGUUUUGCAUUUGACCGAUGAUGAGAUUUUGCAACAUAUGAGAGGUGUUUUUCGAGAUGUGUUGGAUUGUUUCAACACAUUAUCUCCAGAGGUUGUGGAUGAGGGCAGCAGUGGAGCAGUGGUGUGACUUCUUUGCACGAGUGUGUUCUUUGUUGUAGUUAACAAUGACUAGAAUUGGUAAAGGUGCAUCGGAAUUACAACUUGUUUCGUUCAUUCAGUAGUUUGGAUAAGCAUAUAUAAAUCUAUGGAUACACAUACAACAUAUGCUGGUGAAGGUCUAAGGCUCAUCAUGGUUUUCAUUAUGUUGAUCUUGAUAGUUGCAGGGCCUUUGUUAUCUUGCUGUUGUUA